AUGAGUAGCCUCAGUAGACACUCGCUUGAGGUCAAACGAGGCAAGCGGAUCGUGGAAAUCAGCAGCUUGAGGUUUUUCUGGGUGGAUGUUGAAGUCUCCAAGAACUACGAGAGGAGUGCCAUCCUCAGGGAAGGCCCUCAUCUGAGCGAUGCCUCUAGAGUGAGAUCCGGUUGCAGCUUCGUGAGCUCUGUGGCCCAUGGCUCUUGUAGUGGCAUGAAGCCAAGUCUAUCAGAACAGCUGAGAUUCAUGUGCAGUUCAUCAGAGUUGCUUCAGCUGAAGACAGAUGAGGUGAAUAAAGGUCGUGUCAUCAAGCGUGUUCGGGCUCGGGCGCUCAGGCCCUCUGAUGUCAUGCAGGGCUCAGAGAACUGGAGGACAUGUGCCAGUGUGUCCUGUGCUCGACGAGACCGCACCAGACCGCUCACGGACCGAACGCAGCGCAAAGAAGUGCACAAUAGAAAGGAGCGCGAUCGCAGGAGGAGGAUCCGUCUGUGCUGUGACGAGCUGAACCUGCUGGUGCCCUUCUGUUACGCUGACACUGAUAAGGCCACCACUCUGCAGUGGACUACAGCCUUCCUCAAAUACAUACAGGAGAUCCACGGAGACUGCCUCAAACAGGUGCCCUCACACACGCACCUCACACACACGCCACCACACUGCAUGGACCACAGCCUUCCUCAAAUACAUACAGGAGAUCCACGGAGACUGCCUCAAACAGGAUUUCCAGAGAACCUUCUGUGGCAAGACGGGCCUGCGGUUGAAGCCCAGUGUGUCAGCGACACACCACCUGGAGAACCCGUUCACACACACCUGACCUCUGCCUGUUCACACACACCUGACCUCUGUCUCAGCUCUCAGUGUGGAGCGCAGGUCAUUGCCAUCGGAUUCACGUGUUUCUGGUGGCUUUACUGUAUGAUGCCAGUUCGUGUCCAGCCCGUGAGCGUCUGUUCUGAUAGGCCGAGAGGAGAGCGAGGACACACUGCUGAAUCUAGCCCUGUCAUGUUUUGGGUCUGCAAACUGAGGACAUUCAGUGCCUGUGCAGGAGGUGUGAGACACUGACCUGCGAACAUCUGGUGUGUGUUUAUUAAUGCUUUGUAUUUCUAUGCCUUGUUUGUUUGAAAGGCAUGGCCAUUGUUAUUUUAAUGCAUUUUUUAGUCUUUUAAUUAAAAUAUUGUUAUAU